AUGGACACAGAGACUCACAAAGAAUGGGAACAAACCGUUUGUACAAAUGAAGACGAUAAAUUACCUACCUGGGAUGACUUAAGACAGUUCAUGCAAUCAAAAUACCGUACCUUAGAACUUGUAAUGUCAACAUCGGGCCUCCGUGAGAAGUCUAUCAAAGAGCGUUCACACUUUGUUACUGCUACAGCCUCAACUUCACCAUCGUCGGGAGAUAGAAAAUGCGUGCUAUGUAAAGAAAGCCAUACCUUAUGCCACUGUAAGGAGUUCUGCAAACUGCAACCUGCUGAGAGAGCUGAAUAUGUUAAGUCAAACAAACUUUGCUUUAAUUGUUUGGUACCAGGACAUUCCGCUUAUCUGUGUAAAUUGCGAGUCUCAUGUCGUAUAUGCAGUCGACGUCAUCACACUCUGCUACACCGAUCUAAGGACGCUACUUCUUCGGUACAAUCUGAGGACACUGAACAACCGAAAGUAGUACAACACGGAGUAGAAGAGAAGGAGGAAUUAGUCAACACUACAAUCGCGUCGCAUCACAGUACCAAACUAAGCACAAGUCUAGCACUACUGGCCACGGCAACAGUUUUAGCAAGGAACGAACAUAAUCACACUGUUGUUCUACGUGCACUGGUAGACCAAGGUUCGCAGGCAUCAUUCAUUAGCGAGAAGGCGACACAACUACUUAAAUUAACCAGGCGUACAGCAAGAGGAAGUAUCAUUGGAGUGGGAUCUACAAAAACUAACGUCAAUCACGUGGUACAACUAAGGAUUAGUUCUCGAUUGCAUUCAAGCUUCGAGAUCAACAUUGAAGCAUACGUCAUGAGUAAACAGUUAACCACAAAAAUCCCUUCCAAAGCUGUUACUGUCACACAUUGGCCACACCUAGAGGGACUCAACCUGGCUGAUCCGGAGUAUCACAAACCGGGUCCAAUAGACUUGCUCCUUGGUGUUAAAGAGUAUGCACAAAUCGUGCAGCAACAAUUAAUCAAAGGUCCUCCGGGUUCUCCAUGUGCACAAGAAACAAACCUGGGAUGGAUUCUGUUUGGAGAAAUCAAUACCAGUGUAAGAGAAGAAAGUUUUCUGGUCCUUCAUCAACAAAUAGAAGUAGAAAACAUGUUAAAAUCCCUUUGGGAAAUUGACACAGACAAGAAAAGAAAAUUAACAAGAGAAGAAAAGCUAUGUGAAACUAUAUAUGAAAAAAAUCAGACAAGAACAAAAGAAGGAAGAUAUGUAGUAAGCUUACCAUUUAAAACUGAAAAUCCCUUAUCUCCUAAUGGAAACACUAAAGAAAUAGCAAUAAAGAGACUACUACAGCUUGAAAGAAGAUUCAGAAAAGAGCCUACACUAAAAGAAAACUAUCAAAAGGCCAUGCAAGAAUAUAUAAAAUCAAACUACAUGGAAGAAAUACCUGAAAAUGAAAGUAAUAAAAACAAAUCUGUGUACUUACCUCAUCACGCAGUUGUCCGCGCUGACAGAGAAACUUCAAAGACACGUGUCGUAUUUGAUGCUUCGGCUAAAGGGUCGAAUAACGUUUCUCUCAAUGAUGAGCUACUUGUAGGUCCUCAACUGCAAGACGACCUUAGAGAUAUUGUUAUGCGAUCGAGACUAUAUCGUGUCUGCUAUGCCAGUAACAUCCAGAAGAUGUAUCUUCAGGUUUUACUACACAAACAAGACGCCGAUACAUAUCAUCGCCUUCUGUGGCGAGAAGAAGAAUCAGAUCCAAUCAAAGAAUACCGUAUGCUUCGUGUUACUUUUGGUACAGCUUCAGCACCCUAUCUAGCAGUCAGAACUCUUCAUCAAGUGGCUGACGAUGAAGGUGAAAACCAUCCAGAAGCCGUACGAGUUAUCAAAUCAGAUUUUUAUAUGGAUGAUCUGAUCUCAGGCGAGGAUACAGCAGAGAAAGCUAUACAGACAGCUCAAGAAGUGUCAUCUAUAUUGCAAAAAGGUGGCUUCAUAUUAUCAAAAUGGUCUUCGAAUUCUAUGGAGUUUAUGCAAUCUAUAGAAGCCAAUAAGAGAACAACACGAGUACACUUAGAUUUAAAAUUAGAUGGAACUGUGCAAGCCCUAGGUUUGAUCUGGAAUCUAGGAACAGAUCAAUUUCAAUAUAAAAUAAACUUACUUCCAGUGUCAGAUAAAAUUACAAAAAGAACAAUCUUAUCUGACAUGCAGAAAUUGUUCGAUCCUCUGGGAUGGAUCGCUCCGAGUUUGAUCUUGGCUAAAAUGUUAAUACAAAAGUUAUGGUUGGAAAAGACUGGCUGGGACGACAAAAUAAGUCAAAACCUGAUUGACGAGUGGUUGACUAUCCGUAAGGACUUUGAAGGAGUAAAAGAAGUACAUAUUGAUCGAUGGCUUGGCACAUUAACGAGUGAGGUAGACAAGAUAGAAAUUCAUGGCUUCAGCGACGCUUCCACGCGAGCAUACGCAGCAGUAGCUUACGUCCGAAUAAAGAUGCGGGAUGGCUCAGUGUCAACAAAACUGCAAGCAGCUAAGACUAGAGUGGCACCGCUACGAACUGUGUCACUACCACGGUUGGAGUUAUGUGGAGCGCUGUUACUGUCGAGAUUGCUUAAGCAAAUACAACAAGCCAUGCGAAUACCUACCGUAAACAUCUAUGCAUGGACAGAUUCAACCAUCGUCCUUGCGUGGUUAUCAGGCGAUCCCCACAAAUGGAAGACAUUUGUAGCAAAUCGGGUUGUAGAGAUAGCUGAAAAUGUAAAUAACAACCGGUGGUUUCAUGUCUCAUCUGAAGAUAAUCCUGCAGACAUUGGGUCACGGGGUAUGUUAAUAGUUGAUCUAAAAAGGUCUAAUUUGUGGUGGAAGGGUCCAGCUUGGCUCUCUGAAACAGAAAUAACAUUAAAACAAGAAUAUGAAUCUACUGAUUUAGAAAGAAAAAGAGAUACAAUACAAGCAAAUUUAAAAGUAAAUAUUGAAGAAGGCCUAACGUCACAGUUUAAUGAGUUUACUAAUUUACAAGAACUGAUACAAGUAAUAACAUACUGUCGAAGAUUUUUAAAUUUUAAGAGAAGCUUAGAAAACUUGGAGAAGAACUUUACUACAAAGGAAUUAGAAAAGGUGGGCGGUCGACUUCGUAACGCGAAUUUGGAUGAGCAGGUUAAACAUCCUGUUAUAUUAGGAAAUAAGAACACUUUGGUGCCUUUGAUUAUCGCCGACGCACAUGCUCGCACACUGCACGGUGGUGAUCAACUUAUGUUAAGUUACAUAAGCUCAAGGUAUUGGAUUGUACGAGCCAAGGCACUUAUAAAAUCCUGCAUACACAAGUGUCUUAUAUGUGCUAGACUAAAAGCGAAAUCAAGAACACAAUUAAUGGGUGACCUACCUAAAGUGCGAGUCACUCCUGCUCGAGCUUUCCUACACACCGGAGUUGAUUUUGCAGGCCCAUUUAAUAUAAGCAUGUCUAAAGGAAGAGGCAUCAGAACUCAGAAGGCAUACAUCUGCGUAUUCAUAUGUAUGUCAACCAAGGCAAUGCACCUUGAGUUGGUAAGCGAUUUAACCUCUGAGGCCUUUAUCGCUGCAUUCAAGCGAUUUGUUGCAAGAAGAGGAAAAUGUAGUGAUAUAUGGAGUGAUCAGGGCCGAAACUUUGUUGGUGCCAACAAAGAACUGAUGGCUGCAUGGAAAGACGCAAAUCUGGUCUUCGAAGGUGUAAUAUCAAACACACUGGCACUGGAAGGAACACAAUGGCAUUACAUACCAGCGUACUCACCGAACUUUGGAGGCUUGUGGGAGGCCGGCGUAAAAUCAGUAAAACACCAUUUGAAACGCAUUCUGACCACCAAUCUAACCUAUGAAGAAAUGACUACGGUGUUGUGCCAGAUUGAGGCUUGUCUCAAUUCUAGGCCGUUGUGUCCUAUCGAUGAUAAAGAUCCAGACUGCAUAGAAGUCCUUACACCUGGACACUUCCUUAUUGGUGAAGCUCCUAUCGUGAAAUCAGAAGAGUUCAAAAUCGGUGAUGUUGUCUUGAUAAAGACCGACGGAUUACCGCCAGGAAAGUUUUCCCUGGGUCGUGUGGUAGAUAAGCAUCCCGGAAAAGACGGCAUUACUAGAGUCUAUAGUAUCAAAAGUGGCAACAGCGUAGUGAAGAGAUGCUGUUCCAAGUUGUGCGCAUUGCCAAUUGAAAAUGAAUGA